AUGGCAGCAAGUGAUAGGAGUGUUUUAGAGCGCUGUCUUGGUGUUUACUUUAAGUCGAUUGAUAAGCUUAAGGAGAAUAUAAAGACACUUUAUGAGAGCUACUAUUUGCUUAUCAAAGACAAAAUUGAUUGCGAGACCGGGGACCGGCUUACCGUAAACUCCCAAAAUUUUAACAAAGCUCUAUUGGACGCUCUUAAUCGUUGUGACGAGUUGGAAACUCAACUAUUGAGUUUCGAGUCAUGGAUUGAUUUACCCAUCGUUAAUCCAGCAGACCCUUCAUCCAACUUUGAUGAUGUUUCUGAUGACGCCCAUCGUCUCAUAGAUAUUUUGCAACAAGUCCAGUCUGCCUUGUUGUCAGCGGUUUCUAAAGACGCUCUAAGAGACGCGCUUCCGGAACGUCAAUCAAUGAAAGCUCUUAAGGUGGAGCACUCCUCUCAACCGCAGAGGAUACACCAAACUCUGAGAACUCAUAUGCUACCCCAACACUAUCAAGCGCAACAACCAGAAAUGGCAGAGGUGUCUGCUAAUUCAAGUUCAGUUCUGACUGCAUUCACUCAGGACGACCAAUCAGCGCCUCCAAUAAAUGAUGGUCCCAGUCUACUUGGAGCCCCAAAUCCGGCCCUUUCUACACCACAGCACCCAUUUACACCCCAGAAACCACAAGCACGACGAAUUUAUAGUGACGCCCCAUCUCCGUACAAUCAGCAUCAACCUUUCGCAAUGAACAGAACUGGAUCAGAUCCCAACUUGAUAGGCCAACAACAGUUUAUGCAGCACCAGGAAAGUCUCAGCGGUAUUCAUAUGCAGGGUGUUCCUCCACAUUCUUUACAGCCAUCCAACAAUCCUGCACCCACUGUGUCAAUGUCGGCUUGGAAUAUAUUGAAGCGACCAUUAACCGGGGCUCUUUGCAGCCGCUUCUUCGCCACUUGGCGAGAUCGAGCGGUAGCCGAACUUUCGCGAACCGAUGAGCCGAAGGCAACGCUGAUAGGCGGUACUGGAGGCGGUUCGGGGGUCAGAGGUCCGCAGCCCUACUUGCAACCCAAGCCCUGUAACAUCCGCUACAACCCACGGGUGUACACAGGCGGUGUCCUGCCUCGCAUCGAAUGGGACGAUGAGCCCGUCAAACUGCCUGAUUAUGAGCCAAGAGACAUGUGGGCACCGCAUCGUGCCUACUUCGGACAAAACGAUUACAUUGACAUCCUCGGUGACGGGAGACUUAAGCCCGAGGACUUUUACACCGGACCAUCCUGGGCAUUCAAUGCAAAAAAUGAGUUCCAACGAGUGUGUCGUCUCCUCUACGACCCUGCUGUAGUGGCAUGGUUAGAGGAAUUUGAACCUACUCGUUUGAAGGACCUCAGAAAGCGACACAAAUACCUAUUUAGGAGGAUGAACAAGCGGAUCAACAUCAAAUUCAAGCAUUAUCGUGACGCUCCAUAA